AUGAACGACAGUGUUUAAGCUAUAUAGGAAAGUUAUACUAGGAUUAAGUUAUUGAGUAAUGAUGUCUAGAUUAAAGACUAAACAAUCAAUAUACUUUAAGAAAGAUUACAAGAGUUAGAGGAAUAAUUGAGUUAAGCUAUUAAAUAAAAAGAAUAUGGGGAUCGACAAUUUAAUAUAUUAUAGGAAGAACAUGAUUAAAUGUUUGAUAAUUAAUAGAAAAAAACAAAGUAAUUGCAAUAAUUUAAUUAAUAAUUAUUGGUUGCAUUGAAAGAAGUCUAAGAUAAGAAUUAAGAGCUUUUAGAGAAAGUGAAAUUUUAAAGUUAAGAAAUAUCUUAAAAGUAAAUGGCUCAAUAAGAAGUUACUGAAUAGAUAUCAUUAAUAAAAGAUGCAGUAAAAGGUUUGGAGGAUGAAUUAUAAUAAUUAACAAAGAAAAAUUCAAUUUUAAAAAAAGAAAAAUAAGAAGCAGAAUUAUAAUUAAAAUAAGUAACAAAUGAAAAGAAUAAGUUUGAAAAUAGUGUAAUGAAUAUGCUUAAGUAAUUAGAAACAGAGAAUGAACUAUUAAAAUAAGAAUUAGAAGAAUAUAGAUAAAGAUUAGAAUUACAACAUUAAGAAUUAGUUGAAUUGAAAUAUAUGAAGAUUUAAUUUGAGGAUUUAGAAAAGAAAAAUUAAUAAUUAAAUGAAUAAUUCAAUAUUUAAAUUUAAACUGCUAUGGAAUGUGAAAAGAAUUAUGCUUUAUAAUUUGAUGAAAUGAAUAAAGCUAAUGAAAAAUUAAGUAAAGAAUGUGAAAUUUAAAAUGAUCAUUAUAAACAAUAAAAAGAUUACUCAAAUUAAUUAGAAUAGUAAAAUAAAGAAUUCUCAAAAUUGUUUAAUUAUAUUUAAUAAUAAAUUGAUGAAACUAUUGCAGAAUGUUUAGUUACUAAAAAGAAAUCAAAUGUCUAUGAAAGAUUAUAUGAAGGUAGAAAAUCAUCUUCUGCUUCCAGUCGUAGAUCUAUACCUAAAAAGAAGAAAAAAUAUAGCUAUAAUUAAAUAUAAAUUGAAGAAUUUUUUAUUGAUAUUAAAGAAAUCAUAUAGAGUUUAAUAUCUACAAAUACUCAAUUAAAGGAUGAAAAUGAUUAAGUUUGUAAAAAUAUCUAAGAAAUGCAUAAAGUAGGUGAAUAACUUAGAUAUAAAAUUGAAUAAUUGAAUUCUGAACAUAUUAAAGCAAAAGAUUAAUUAUAAUUAGAACAUUAAAUUAUAAUUGAAUAAUAAGAAGAUAAAAUCAAUUAAUUGUAAGAUGCACUUGAAUAAUAAAAUUUAAAAGCAUAAAAAGAUAAUCAAUAUAUUAAUCAACUUGUUGAAUCAUGUCAUUAAUAUGAUUAAUAAAUCUUAGAAAAAGAAAAAUUAAGUUAAUAAUGUCUAUUAUAAAAAUAAGAUUUAGUAUAAGAAUUUGAAGAACUAAAUAAUUAAUAUUAAUAACUUUAAGUAGAAUUUGAAGAAUUACUAGUAAGAAAAGCAAUAUCUUAAAAUAAAGUAGCUUUAAGCUAUAGUUUAUUAUCAUAUUUGCUUAAAAAUAAGAAAACUUAAUUUUUGUUUUCACAAUAUAUUUAAUAUGCUAAUUAUAUUCAUUAUUUUGUUUUGCUUAGAAACGAAUUCCAAACAAGAAAUAACAAUAUUUAUAUAAGAUUCAGAAAAGUAGCAUAUGCAAUUAUUUUUGUCAAAAAAUUGAAAAAAGCCUUGUAUUUUAAAGAUGAAGUAGUAAAUCUUGAAUUUGAAGAUAAUGAAGUUAUUGAUUAAACUUUUGAAAAGUUCAUACCAAUAUUUCAUUAAAUUGAAGAAGGAAAAUAAACAGAUUUUAAUGUAGUAAAUAAAAUGCUAAAAGAAUUAAAAUAUUAAAUAAACAAAUACGAUUUAAAAUAUUAAGGUAGAUCUAUAAAUUCAUAAAGUUACUAUUAAAUUUUGAAUUUUGCUAAAGAAGAUAUUCUCAAAAAAAACUCAGUUAUAGGUUAAAUUGAUUAUUAUAAAUAAUAAUUAAGUUCCUUAUAAACUAGAGUUUAUUAAUUGGAUGAAUAUGUUCAAUAAUUAGAAUAAGAAUUAUCAGAAAAAGUUAACUUUUCAACAACUCAAUAAUAAUAAGUAUAUUUAUAAUAAUCUGAAGAAUAAUCAGUCAAUAAAUUUAGAACAGAUUCAUCUCCUCCUUAAAAAAAUAAUCUAUCAGUAUCACUUUAGAAUGAACUGAUGUCAAUUUUGAGUAAAAAGUCUUCAGCUAAUUUAUCAAAAGCUGGUCAAAUAGUUAAAUAAGGAUUUUGA